UUACCCAUUGCGACAAACCGUCAGAGCGACUUCGACUCAGGUUUGUUCUCGUCAUAUUGAGCUAUAGUAAUUCGAAACGUACGAAAGAAUACCGCCUCGACUAUGGAUCCACCGCCGUCAAUUUCUCCGAAGCGCAAGCAAAAAAUGCCCAUGGCUAAUAUCUUCGCCGCAAAGACACCUGCCCCUCCCUCUUCUUCGAUACCCUCAUCUUCGCCCGCAUUUGGCACCCCAGUACACCCCCUGAAGCCGUUCAAAGUGUCAGCACCUUCAAAGCACGCGAUUCUCCCAAUCAUACUCCCACCGGCCACCCUCCGCCCCUUGGCAUUUCGGACGUUUACCAAGAAACACAGCUUGACGCUGUCCUCGACUGCCCUCCAAGAACUCGCAACCUUCAUCGGCCGCCAUUGUGGCUCGUCAUGGCGGGAAGAGGGCUUGGCAGAGAAGGUUUUGGAAGAGGUGGCCAGGUCGUGGAAGAAUUGCAAUGGCGGUGUCAUUGUCGACGGCGCCAGCCCAGAGCUGAAGGACAUAUUGAAGACUUUGGAAGGCAACAUGAGCGGGGGCAAGAUUGUGACUGGCGCAAGGGGUCUGAGUCGACAGAAUAGUCUUUUGAACGAACCGGGGCAAGAUGCGGACAUGUCGAACACGAGACUAGGGUUACGGCCAGCACAGUCGUCUUUGGUGCGAGAGGAUAGUCAACAGAGCUUCGGCAUGUCCAGUCUUGGCGUGGAGGAGGAGGAUGACGAGGAUAACGUCAGGGAUCCUCGGAAGUGGCUCAACAUCAUCGACGCAUACGACCAACCGAGAUUUUCUUAUAACGUUGCAAAGAAGCAUUUCGAAAGAGAAACGUCGAAACCCUCCCUACUGCCACCAGCAGCUCACAAGACUGCUCUGUUCCGGAAUAGGUAUAAUGUCAUACACCAAAGGCUACUCAGGAAUGAGUCCUUUCAAACAUCAGCCGUUGCAAGCGCAAGAGCACCCUCGCUCAAGCGUUCCGCGUCAAACCAACUGAACCAUAAGAUCACACCAAUUGCGAACCUCUUAGGUCGACAUGGAAGCCAUCACAUGCUUCUGGGUAUGCUGAAUAUUCUACCAGCGGGCGGUCUCGCAAUCAGCGACCUGACAGCCACAAUUGCGCUCGACGUGUCUCAAGCAGUUGCGAUUCCCGAGGACUCAGCGUGGUUCUCGCCAGGCAUGAUCGUGCUUGUGGACGGUGUCUACGAAGAGGAAGAAGAGUCCGUCGGAAAGGGUCUGAGCGGAAGCAGCGGUGUAGGUGGAACGCUCGGCGGCAGAUUUCAAGCCUUCUUCAUUGGCCAGCCACCCUGCGAGAAGAGGAAAGCCACGUUGGGUGUCAGCGGCCCGGACGGCGGCCAGGACCACACCAUAGGAGGUGGGUUCGGCUGGAUCGACUUCCUCGGUGUGGGCAGCGAGCGGGCUGUUGGAUUCAAGAUGCGGAAGCUCGAGCAACGUCUGCUACCCCGGCAUUCUGCCGAAGAGGUCCCCAGCAGGGGCAGGAUGGUUAUCCUCGGCGAGCUGAACCUCGACCAGCCGCGGUCGUUGCAGGCCUUGCGGAGGAUCCUCACCAUAUAUGCAGCCGAACCCGAAGGCGCGACGCCUAUGAGCUUCGUCAUCACGGGAAACUUCACGCAGCACGCCGUGCUCGCGAGAGGUGGCAGCGGCGGUAGUAUCGAAUACAAGGAAUACUUCGACGCCUUGGCUUCGACACUAUCCGAAUUCCCCGCUCUUCUACAGACUUCUACCUUCGUCUUCGUCCCCGGCGAUAAUGACGGCUGGGUGUCGUCCUUCACCGCGGGAGCUGCGACUCCGCUACCCCGGAAAGGGGCCCCGGACGUCUUCACAUCACGUAUCCGACGAGUCUUUGCCGCGGCCAACGCGGAAGUCGGCUCCAAGAGCGACGGAGAGGCUAUCUGGACGUCAAACCCCAGUCGUUUGACACUGUUCGGUCCGAACCACGAAGUCGUCGUCUUCCGUGACGACAUCUCAGCCCGCCUGCGUCGCGCAGCCGUACGCCUCAAGACGCCGAAACAAAGCCGGGGCCAAGACGAAGAAAACCAGCCCCCCGAGGCCGAAGACGGCACGGAUGACGUUGUCAUGGGCGGCAGUGGCCCGAUCGAGAUCUCCGCUGAAGAAGAGGCUAUGGACGUCGACAUACCCAGCAAGAAGCCUGCUGUCAAGCAGGUCAACUCGAGCGUCCCGCAGGACGUGCACACAGCGCGGAAACUUGUCAAGACGGUCCUGGACCAGGGGUACCUGUCGCCGUUCCGCCAGUCGAUCCGUCCCGUGCACUGGGACUAUGCGACGGCGCUGCACCUCUACCCGCUGCCGACAUCCAUGAUACUCGUGGACACGACGGCACCGCCGUUUAGCGUCACGUAUGAGGGCUGUCACGUCAUGAACCCGGGCAGCAUCCUCGUUCCCGGCCGGACGCGGGUUGGCCGUUGGAUAGAGUAUGAGAUUGGGAAGAUUGGGAAGCUGCGGGAGACGACCUUUUGAGGUGGCAAGCCAGGCACGCGGCUUGCCAAGUUUGCAGAUAGGGUGUUACGGGUGCAAUUCAGCUUUGUAGCUGGUGAUGUCGAUUUUAAUGAUUGAUGCCUACAAGGAAGGGCUAUUGGACUCUUCGUCACAGAACAUAAUUUCCCGUUGAGGUGUACGAAAGUCUAGAAGAUGUGCUCCGAAUCAGAAAACACAUGCGGCCAGGCAAGGUGUGCUCGCAUUGCGGGCUUGGUUCCAAAUGGUCUUUUAUCCUAAAGAACGCGAGUGAAUUUGGUUCGAUGGUGCUCCGCAACGUUUAUGCCCAAACCAGGCGUUAUGACAAGUAGGUAGAGAUGGCAAGCUACACGCACCGUACCCUCGUGGUGCGCAUGCAUCUGUUUCAAGUCACCGCCGCUUUCCCCGACGACUGAGAGUGUCUUCAAGUGCUAGUAGCGGCACGGCAGCUGCCCUGCCCCCUAUUCCUCAUGCACCGCGUAGCUAUUGAAUUCUUUGUCGAAUAUUCUGGUGUUUCCUAGCAAGAAUUCCGUCAGCGACACAAACUUUUAUGAACGUAUUGCUAGUCGAAAAAUUCAAGUCAGCAAACAGAGCAACCAGCACACUGUGUGACAGUUGCAGCAAUGUUUAACUGGCAGCCUGUAGUCGGCAAAGUGGCCAACGUUGGACAUCCUGUCUCGAGUCUAGAACGAUAAUUCUUAGCUGUGUAUUGAAGAUAUUAUUCCAGAAUGAUGCCGUAGCUCAGUGAAGGGGUCGUCAUUACGGUCGAUAGCAAUUUGACAUGAUAGGUGAUAUGAGGCAUCAUCUCAACAACGAAUGCUAAUCGACACAGCGAUGAGAGUAGAGUGCCCGUCCAGUUCCAUCCGUGUUGGGCGAGUCUUUGCAGGCCAGCUUGGGUUCGAGGCGGAUCCCCUUUGGCGCGGCAGAUGAACCACUUUCAUGCAGAUUCAGAC